AGCUGUCAAUUACCUUACUUUCUGCUUCUUUCUUAUUCUUGACUUCACUGAUCAAGUUUUCCAUCAUGUCACGCCAGAACUAUGCAUACUGCACCCUGAUCACGCGGUCGUCGUACCUCGCGGGUGUACUGAUUCUCGCUCACACGCUGGCCAAGUACAAGAGCGCAUUCCCUCUCAUCGUCCUCUACACGGAUACUUUGCCCGCUUCUUCGAUACGUGCUCUCGAGCUCGAAGCUCCUCACAGCAAUCUCAUCCUCCACCGUGUCGACGCCCUACUGCCACGCGAAAAUGUUCAUGUUCAUCUCAUCGCCGAGCGUUUCGCCGAUACCUGGACCAAGCUGCGUGUCUUUGAGCUAUACAAACUUGACAACUACGACAAGAUCUGCUACCUCGAUGCCGACAUGAUCUUGCAGAAGAACAUGGACCACGUCUUCGACAAGCAGCUGCCGGCCAAUAACUGGAUCGCUGCCAACCACGCCUGUGUCUGCAACCUCGACAAGGACGCUUGGGCUCCUGAAGACUGGACCAAGGAGAAUUGCGCCUAUACUGCUGUCUCCCAUCCCGAUGCCCUUCAUAACCCCACCCCAAUCACGCCAGACUCACGACCUACCUACCACCUGCUCAACAGCGGCAUGUUUCUCUUCGUCGCCUCGGAGCAGCUCUGGGACCGCAUGAUUGACUUCUUCAACACCACUCCCCUGCUAGGCGAGUUCAAGUUCCCCGAUCAAGACUUCCUUGCCGAGUUCUUCAAGAACAAGUGGAUGAGUCUGGGCUGGCAGUUCAAUGCCCUCAAGACAAUGCGCUACUGGCAUGAGAACAUCUGGAGGGAUGAAGAGGUCGUCUGUCUGCAUUACAUCGUCGACAAGCCAUGGGCAAAACGUGUCACCGAAGAUGGUGUGGCCGGCUACCUUGGUCGUGAUGGCGAGACGCAUACCUGGUGGUGGCAAGAGUACGAGGACUGGCAUAAGCAGCGCGAAUCCCAGAACGAGAAAGAAGAGCUGGACAUUGUCGAGCACCACGUUGCUAAGCCCAUUGGCCAGGAAGACCAGGAAAGCGACGAGAUGCGUGCCAUUGGCAGUGGGGUCCAGUCUUUCGCAAAGAACAAGAAGCCUGGCCAGAACAAAGACGAGGAGAAGACACAGGACGCUAAUGGAGACAAAGAAGAAGACCUUCCUCAACCUCAGAUUCCUGCUCCUCACGAGCUCAAGGGCAAGGCCUUGGGUGAAAGAGGUCAUGGCCCCAGAGUUCGUGGCUGAACUGCCAGACAAGAAAAUGACCAUCAAGCUCUCCCAUCCGGUCUCGGACACUGAUGUUUAUAGUUGGAACGGCUGUACAUACCCCAAUACAUAAUGGCAGCAACAUUGCGUAAGACCACACCCACAAGGGCACGUCAACUACAUAUUGCCUGCUACCCUGCGUGUCUUCAACAAAUACCAACUGGUUGCGUGGCCCAAUGGCAAGGCGCUUGACUACGAAUCAAGAGAUUCCAGGUUCGACCCCUGGCGUGAUCAUCCUUUUGCUAGUUGCCCUGGCAAAUAGUGUUUGUUCGUUGUGGCAGAGAAUUCUUUUUGCUUUGACCUCCACACGGGUUGACGUUGGAGGAAGGUUGAGCGAGCCGAGCCUCCCAAUGCCGAAGUUUUGCCGCGCUUUGCUGAUCAGAU